CCGCAUCACCAACACUUCUAAACAGCUUCCAGAAGAUCUAUCUGCCUUGACAGUUAUCCUCCUAUCACCGGGUUAAGUCAGUUGAAGAAGAGUAAUGGCGGAAACAUACUCCAUUGGUACACGCAAAGAAUGCGAACGUCUAGUCAAGGAUUGGGGCUUCAAGCACGUCUUUACUUGGGCGGACGGAAGCAAUGCUCAUUAUCCACCACACUCACAUGGCGGUGUCACAACGCAUCUAAUACGCCAAGGGAGUUUGACAAUCACCUACCCGGAUGAUAAUGCUAGGCUGCAUAACGGGGAGGUGAAAAAGGAGACGUUCGGUGUUGGUGCACGACUGGAUGUUCCAGCGGGCAAGUUGCAUGAGGUGUGGAUUGGAGACAGUGGAUGCGAGUAUGUCAUUGGAGAAUAGGCAUGUGUGGACAUGAGUUACGGCUUGUCCCUUACGGUUU